AUGUCGUCUUUUAAGAACGCCAAGAAGAGUUUGCAAAGAACGCAUAGGGAACGAAGCCAGCCUGCAAAAAGAAAGCAAUUUGGUUUGCUUGAAAAACACAAAGAUUAUGUUCAAAGAGCCAAGGACUUUCAUCGAAAGGAGGACCACCUUAAACUGCUUCGUGAGAAGGCCAGAAACAAGAAUCCAGAUGAGUUUUAUUAUAAAAUGAUUAACACUAAAACACGCAAUGGCGUUCAUGUUGUUGAAAGUAAAAAACCGCAUACUAAUGAGCAACUGAAAAUGAUGAAAAGCCAGGAUCUCAAUUAUGCUAGAAUGAAGAGAAUUACCGAGAAGAAAAAAGUUGAGAGGCUUCAGUGUUCGCUUCACUUGAUCAGAGAGCGAGACACCCAUGUUAAUUCUCGUACUGUUUUUGUCGAUUCAAAAGAUGAAAUGGAGUCCUUUGACCCGGCAGCACAUUAUGGGCUAACGAACAAGAAUCCGUCAGACCAAAGUGAAGUAACGACGACUAAUGAACAGGAGAAAGCAAGAAAACGAGCGUAUAACGAGUUGGAAAAGAGAAUCGAACGAGAAAAGCAUCUAAGUGCGAUCGAACAACAAAUGGAGUUGCAAAAACAUUUGAUGGGUAAGGGAAGGAGAGUUAAGGUCAAUACUGGUGAAGACGGACCUGUGGUUUAUAAGUGGAAGAAACAGCGUAAAAAGUAG